CUGUCUCCCAGUCACGACAGGGUGAAUCUUUCACAGAAUUUCUGCAGCCGAUGGAUAUAAAAAGACAACCCCUUGAUGGCAAACUGGGUCAUUCACAACGCGAAAUAUGUUCCGAUAUCUGUUGAUUGUUAGCAUUGCCUGCUCAGCUCUUGCGGAUGAGUCACUAUCCGGUCGUAUAGUUGGUGGUCUGCAGGCUGGCGGUGGCCAGUUUCCAUUCCAAGCCUCACUCCGUAACCUGAGAAACGUUCACACCUGCGGUGCAGUCAUCAUUGGGGACCGCUGGCUACUGACGGCCGCCCAUUGUACCAUCGGACGCCAGGCGUACGAGCUACGUGCCGUGCUGGGAUCGAUCGAUCGGACCAAUGGUGGAGAAAGCUACAACUUUGCGCAGAUUAUCGAACAUCCUGACUUCAACGAAGUUACGCUGGAAAAUGACAUCGCUCUUCUGCAGACGGCUUAUAAGAUCGAGAUGAGCUCCAUGGUUCAGCCGAUCAGGAUGGGUGACUCACUGGUGUCGGAGGCAGCGAUUGGAACGAUUUGUGGAUGGGGAUCAACCAGCUACGGUUCGACGGCGUCUAUUAUGUUGCAGUACAUGGAAGUCAGGACGCUGAACAACGACGAGUGUAGACUGAGACAUGGCUGGCUGAACCGGUCAAAGGUUCACGAUAGCUGCAUUUGUACGUACUCGAAGGUAGGACAGGGAACAUGCAUGGGUGACUCAGGAAGCGCUCUAAUUGUGAACGGUGCUCUGGAGGGACUUGUUUCAUGGGGAGUUCCUUGCGCUGCCGGUAUGCCUGAUGUCUACACCAGAGUUGCCUCGCACCGCGCAUGGGUAUUGCGUACAACUGGUUUGUAAUAGCAGAGGAUUUUAGAAUUAUAUUUCCAAACAGUUUAUGUGCAGGUUCAAUUACAGAGGUCAAUUAUAGAUAAA